AUUUUUGUAGUUAAAAUUAAAGAUGGUUCGUGGCUGCGAUACAUUUGAUAAAAAUAUAAAUAUGAAUUUUAAAACUUUCCGAAAUUAAAUGUUUUGCGACAUUUACUUGUACUUUCCAGCUUCAACCCUCUUGUUGCUAUGUGGUUAGCGUCUCUUUCGUGUACGGUUGCUAGCUAAUGGAUGUCGCAUCUGUGUAAUGGUUUUGAUAAAAAAUUAUAUUGUUUUGUGACGUUUAAAGAGAGAAUAACAGCGCCUGUUGAGAUGUUAUCUUUGUGGUGUGUGACAUGUGUUUCAUGACGUAAUGAACACACUGGAAUCCAUGGAGUUUCUACAAUCGAAACGGUGAAAUUAACCAAUCGAUACAGAGGAACUGAAAGAUACUCACAUGAGUUUCAAGGAGGGAACUAAUAUGGGGGACGUCUUAGCCACUGAAGCCAAUCUACUUGGGAUGAUUAAAGAGUACCUUAAGGUUGAACAAUUUGAUAAUACAGUUCACAGUUUUGACAAAGAGUGUAAGAGUAAAGGAAAGCUUGUGUCCAAGCCACAAGGAAAUGCUCUGAGAGAUGCUAAGACUCACAUCGUCCAGAAAGACCUUCUUAGUUCUUUCAAUGAUGGAGACUACAAAGUGUUCUUUGAGGUGUGGGCAGAGAAUAUUCCGUCUGAUCUGCCUUGCACAGAUCCUGAGGCUCUAAACCUGGAGUUCUACCUUCAUAUUCAUUUUACUGUCUUUCCACUUAGAAGACAUCCUGGAAGACAAGCAGAGUUUGCAGAGAGGAUAUCUUAUUUCAAGAAAUACCUAAAGUCAAAUGGGAGAGCACUGAGUCAGUCCAUAGAGUUCCUGCCUUAUUAUGCAUUGCCUUAUGUGUCCGACCUCACUACCCAUCCCUUCUUCAAGGAGCUCUUUCAGGAUACCUGGAUACCUAAGUUAAAGAAUAGACUUCAAGACUUUCUGUCCAUGACAAUGAAGCCUUCAAACUGCCCUAGGCUGCUUACAUUAUAUAAAGAAGGUGGAAGAAGUUCAAAAGAAGCUUUGCAGCAACUCCAACUACAGCUGACUGAGUCAGAGCGCUGCUCCGCCAGCUACAUGCGAAAGUUUAACAAGAUGCAGGCAGAUUAUUACCAGCUCAUUGGCAUCACUGCAGAGUUGGUUGACUCUUUGGAAGCGUCCAUCAGUGGAAAAAAUAUCUCCCCUGAGUACCUGCAGAGUGUGUGUGCUCGCCUGUUCAGCAGCCAGAUGAGGCAUAGCACAGUACAGGCGACUGACUUCACCAGGCCUGGCACUGGAUAUUACUCUAUGAGUCCCUAUGAUGAUGGCUAUGCGUCCUCAAUACUUCGAGCAUCCAUUGCACCAAACAGACCUACGGAAGUACCAGUGCUGCCUUCUCUGGAUUAUAUGAAGCUGAAGAAGGACCUGCUUGAAGGAUCGGACCGUCUCAAGUGUUUGUUGCUUCAGGCCCUGCGCUGGAGACUUACACGCUCAAUUCCUGGUGAACAAAGAGAGACUGUGCUACAAGCUUACAUCAACAAUGAUCUACUGGAAAAUUACAGCAUAAAACAGAAAACUAUCCUUCAUUUAUUGACUUCAAAGAAUGAAAUGGUGCGACAGUACAUGGCUAGUCUUCUCAAUACAUUUUCCUCCUUUCCAGAUGGGCGAGUUUAUCUCUCCCAAAACCCAUUGCUUCCAACACUUCUGAUGGAGACACUCAAGAAGAAGGAGGAGGAGAACUCCUUGACAAGAGAGAUAGCGCUGGUGGCACUGCAGAAACUCAGCCUAAUGAGAAAGCAGCAGAUGGCCAUGAUAGAAGAUGAUCUGAUUGGCUGGCUGGUGAAUGAAUUGCAUGACCCAGACUGUCUGAGUGAUUCCACCCUUGAGUAUACUGCAGCUCUUCUCUUGAACUUGUGCCUGCGAACAAAAGGAAAAAGGAAGUGUGCCGAAAACGCCAAACAUGUACUCAAAGUUCUAACUGACCUCCUCGGACAUGAGAAUUAUGAGAUUCGUCCAUAUGUGAAUGGAGCUCUGUACAACAUCCUGAGUCUACCCUCUGUGAGACAGAAAGCAAAAGAGAUGAGCGUGGAGGAGAUCCUUUGCUGUUACAACAAGGAAGAUAAUGAAGAUCUUCACAGACAAAUUGGCUUCAUAAUUAAAAAGCUCAACUCAGCGGAACAAGAAGCACCAGAGUCGGACGAUGAAGAGGACGAGGAUGACAAUGAUGAAGAUUUAAUAGAGUUGGAUGGAGAAAAAGAGGAAGUCCUUCAGCCACAGCCCAGUGAGCUUUCUGGAGAAAGUCUGCUGACCACAGAAUACCUGGGUAUUGUUACCAACCUACCAAAAGUGAAGAAGAAGUCGCCCCAGCAGCACCAACCAAGCAUUGAUGAGCCUCUACAGCGGCCGGUGACGCCAAGUUCCCAUCGUAACACUAACACAUUGAAUUACCGAUCGGGCAGUCAGGGUGGUGUGGGUGCUACAGAAGGAGGAAACCAUCACCACGGAGACCAGCGCAAGAAGGGAAACUCUCCUCCUUCCAAGAACGAUUCUCGACCUCAUACAGGCCAUGGCAAUCGACCACGUACAUCUGACUGUCUCCCUCACAGAACCAAAUUGGACCAUGGUCGCCUCGCCAAAGCUGAUCUGGAUCGGUCCAAUGAGGUACAAGCCAGAGAAGAAAGCCUCCAAGAGACGGACAAUGGAAAUUUUGAAGGCAUAGAUCACAUUACUGCGUUUGCACACCGUCCAAGGUGUGUGCACACUCCUGUGCCUGGAGCUCAAGGAACCAAACGAGCUCCCAGGGUGGAGUGUGACGACAGAGUGGAGACUGCCAGUCAACACAGAGGUGAAGAGGAAGCUGUCACCACAGAGUAGAUCUAUCUCCCCCGGCACAUCAACCUUCCUGUAACAUCAUCCUUCCAGGUUUUGAUCAGGGUCAGGCUAACAGAGAGGGGGUCGAGAAUCAGCAACAGGAGGCGGAGGGGCAUGAACAAUGAAAAGGAUUGUGGUCCUGCAUUUUUCUCUGCUUCAACUCAGACUUUUGCAACCCAAUAUGAGGUCAGACAAUAAUCACAUCCCCCAGCCGUCCAACCCGGUGCUCUUUGCUGCCUCGUCUGGUCCUCAAUUCGCAGUUCUGUCUCUAUUUCUCUCUCAACAAGGUCACAUUGCACACCUGAAUAUGUGAAACAUCCUGACACCAUGAACUGACAAUGAGAUUAGCACAAUGUUUACUUGUAAAGGGUAUAUCCAUUUUUGAUGGAUAUUUGUGUUUGUGCAUUUAGGUACGUUUCAACAUGGGCAUUUUGUCUGUUUAAAAAAAGCAUGUCUAUAGGGAUGUCCCUGUCCAAUCACGUGAUCAGGUCGAUCACGCCAUUUUUCAGUGGAUCGGAAUCGGAUGAAAGGGAUGGGGUUGUUAAUUAGAAAAAUAUAUUUAUGUUUUUCUGCUUCAUGCUCGUACAGCCUCUGACCAUCUCUCCUGCUGCUUUUUUUGUCACCAGUGCAGCUGGCCUUUGGUACUUCAAAUUAACGAUGAUUGACAAGUUUGUUACUUUGAUCAAGUGAAAGAAGGCUUUGUAGCUCUACAAUGAAAGACACAAAUGUGUAAAUCGUUUAGUCAAUCUUCGUUGUAGAAAGGCUGUUCUCGCGGUAGCGUGAGUGUCAAAGUGUGAGUGAAUUUGAGUGGACUCACUCAAUGAAGCAUUUAAUGAAGACAAGCGUUUUUCUACGUUAUUCUUUUUUUUUUUUUUUUUUUAAUAAUUAACAUUGUGAAGGUAGCACGGUGAGAAAGUGGUUAGCACAUCCACACCACAGUCCUGGGAUUUUCUGGGUGGGUUUUCUCCGGGUUCCUGCCACAUCCCAAAAAAACUUGCAUGGUAUGCUGAUUGAACACUCAAAAUUGUCUGUAGGUGUGAGUGUGGGCGUGAAUGGUUUUGUGUAUAUGUUCCCUGCGACUGGCUCGCAACCUGUUCAGGUGUACCCCACCUUCUGCCUGGAGUUAGCUGUGAUAGGCUCCAGCACCCCUGCGCCUCCUUGUGAGGAUAAGUGGGUCAGAAAAUGAAUAAAUGUUAUGGAGAGUGAUUGAAAGUAUUGUGUUAAAUGUGAUACAAUGAAAAAUGUGGGUGCGCCUACGUUUUGUGCUUGGUGUACCUUAAGAAAAAUGUUAGGUGCACUAGUGCAACCAAUGCAAAAAGUGUGGAGCCUUGGCAAUAUACACUCACCUGCCACUUUAUUAGGUACACCAUGCUAGUAACGGGUUGGACCCCCUUUUGCCUUCAGAACUGCCUCAAUUCUUUGUGGCAUAGAUUCAACAAGGUGCUGGAAGCAUUCAUCAGAGAGUUUGGUCCAUAUUGACAUGAUGGCAUCACACAGUUGGUGCAGAUUUGUCGGCUGCACAUCCAUGGUGCGAAUCUCCCGUUCCACCACAUCCCAAAGAUGCUCUAUUGGAUUGAGAUCUGGUGACUGUGGAGGCCAUUUGAGUACAGUGAACUCAUUGUCAUGUUCAAGAAACCAGUCUGAGAUGAUUCCCGCUUUAUAACAUGGCACAUUAUCCUGCUGAAAGUUGCCGUCAGAAGUUGGGUACAUUGUGGUCAUAAAGGGAUGGACAUUAUUAGCAACAAUACUCAGGUAGGCUGUGGCGUUCCAACGAUGCUCAAUUGGUGCCAAUGGGUCCAAAGAGUGCCAAGAAAAUAUUCCCCACACCAUUACACCACCACCACCAGCCUGAACCGUUGAUACAAGGCAGGAUGGAUCCAUGCUUUCAUGUUGUUGACGCCAAAUUCUGACCCUACCAUCUGAAUGUCACAGCAGAAAUCGAGACUCACCAGACCAGGCAACGUUUUUCCAAUCUUCUAUUGUCCAAUUUCGAUGAGCUUGUGCAAAUUGUAGCCUCAGUUUUCUGUUCUUAGCUGAAAGGUGGUCUUCUGCUGCUGUAGCCCAUCUGCCUCAAAGUUCGAUGUACUCUGCAUUCAGAGAUGCUCUUCUGCCUACCUUGGUUGUAACGGGUGGUUAUUUGAGUCACUCUUGCCUUUCCAUCAGCUCGAACCAGUCUGGCCAUUCUCCUCUGACCUCUGACAUCAACAAGGCAUUUCCGCCCACAGAACUGCCGCUCACUGGAUAUUUUUUCUUUUUCGGACCAUUCUCUGUAAACCCUAGAGAUGGUUGUACGUGAAAAUUCCAGUAGAUCAGCAGUUUCUGAAAUACUCAGACCAGCCCCUCUGGCACCAACAACCAUGCCACGUUCAAAGUCACUCAAAUCACCUUUCUUCCCCAUACUGAUGCUCGGUUUGAACUGCAGGAGAUUGUCUUAAACCAUGUCUACAUGCCUAAAUGCACUGAGUUGCCGCCAUGUGAUUGGCUGAUUAGAAAUUAAGUGUUAACGAGCAGUUGGACAGGUGUAACUAAUAAAGUGGCCGGUGUGUGUGUUUAAAUAUAUAUAUAUAUAUCCAGACAGACAAACUGGUGAUGGCCAACCAGCCUGACAUAGUGGUGGUGAAUAAACAUCAGAAGACAGCAGUAGUAAUAGAUGUAGCAAUCCCAAGCGAUAGCAACAUCAGGAAAAAAGAACAUGAAAAGCUGAAGAAAUAUCAAGGGUUGAAGGAAGAGUUGGAGAAAAUGUGGGGAGUGAAGGCAAGAGUGGUGCCAGUAGUAAUCGGGACACUAGAGGCAGUAACCCCCAAGCUGGGUGCAUGGUUCCAACAGAUACCAGGAACAACGUCCGACGUCUCCAUUCAGAAGAGCGCAAUCCUAGGGACAGCUAAGAUCCUGCGCAGAACCCUCAAGCUCUCAGGCCUCUGGUAGAGGACCCGAGCUUGAAAGGAGAGACCAUACCGCCCGGGUGGGCGAGACGACGAUAUUUAAAAAAAAAAAAAAGUUUUCUAUAUAUAUUCACUUUUUAAGGGCUAAAAUGUAACAAAAUAAUCCAGAAAUACAAUGGCAUUGCAAAAAGAUAAAAUAUUUGAUAACAUAUUAGAUAACAUAUUUGUAACUUUUGUUCAAAUUUUUAAAAAAAAAUUUUUUAAAUCUGUAUCGGAUCGGUACUCUGUAUUGGCAGAUUCUUAAAAUCAGGUGAUUCAGACUGUGACCUGGGUGCAAAAAUAUGCGAUCGGGACAUCCCUACAUGUCUACACUGUAUACAGUAGGUUGGCAUUUACAUCACAAUUUCUAGUCCCAAUUUUUAAAGCAAUCUUAAGUCUUUUACAGAUUAGUGAUAGUAUUGAAUGUCAUGAUCACUGAGGCUUGUUGCAUUCAUCAUAAUGCUUAGUGUCAAUCAGUGCUUUAAUUCAUACAUGUGACAUGUAUUGCUUAUGGGGACAACACACUUCUACAUUCUAGCUGUACAAUCUAGUUGUAAUAUCUAUUAUUAUGUCGGCACAGCAUCUGCAAAAAACUUGGUGAAUGUUUUUGCUAUCCUUCUUUAUGUUGUAAAUCUGCACUGUUCUAACUCCAGUCAUGUGGUUCUAUUUGAAAUGCAACAGUUUUUCAUUAUAUCUUGGUGAGAAUUAAUUUCACACAAAAUAAAUUAUUUGAUGUCCAACUUGUAUCUGUUUAGGUAUCUGUCCAUCCAUCCAUUCAUUUAUUUUCACAGUCAAUGACAGAACACAUGACAACAACUAUUAACCUAAUUGCCGGUACAUUCAUGGGCAAUAAAUCUUCCAUACCUUCAUUUAUUUAACCUUUAUUUAUCCAGGUAAGCAUGUUUUUAGGAAUGUUGGAGUAAGCUGGACUAACUGGAGCUAACU